GUCAACAGCGGUAGAUGGUCUGGCUAUAGGGUUCUCUUGAUACUGCUACUUCAGGCACAAUGGAUAAUGAUGCAAUCCUUUAUGAGAUGUACAAUGACACUUACAAUGACAAUUACACUUACGAUGAAGACGUCACACUUGAGAAUGUCGUUUUCAAACCCAAUUCAACGUGUUUCAAGGAAGUCUCAUGUGUCGCUUUGCUGGUGGUCAAUGUGUUGAUUCUUCUGCUGGGGCUCUCUGGGAAUGGGAUUGUCAUCUGGAUCGCUGGCUUUAAGAUGAAGAAGACCAUCAACACCACCUGGUACCUGAGCCUUGCGAUCUCUGACUUUAUAUUCUGUGCUUGUCUUCCGUUUAACAUUACACACAUGGCAACAAGCAACUGGAUCUUUGGGCUCUUCAUGUGCAAGUUCACCUCCUUUGCUAUGUUCCUCAACAUGUUCAGCAGCAUCUUCCUCCUGGUCAUUAUCAGCGCAGACCGAUGCGUGUCAGUCAUGUGUCCGGUUUGGGCACAGAACCACCGCACCAUUCAAAAGGCCUCUCUGGUGGUCACCUUAGCCUGGGUUGUCUCUAUUGCCCUAAGUAUUCCCUCUGUGGUUUUCAGAGAUGUUGUCAGCCAUCUUGGAAAGUCUGUUUGUUUCAACAACUACACAUCACACCAAUACAGCCAUGAGAUGAUUGCUGUGAGCCGUCUUGUCGGAGGGUUUAUCAUCCCAUUCUUCAUUAUAUUCAUCUGCUACUCAAUCAUCAUCCUGAGACUAAGAACCAAUAACAUGACCAAGUCAUCAAAACCCUUCAAAGUCAUGACUGCCCUCAUUGUCACAUUCUUCAUCUGCUGGCUGCCUUACCAUGUCUUUGUCCUGCUCGAGCUGAACCACCAAAAUUACGAUUCGGAAGUAAUAAGACUUGGUUUUAAGGUAAGCACAACGGUGGCUACAGCAAACAGUUUCCUAAACCCAAUAUUGUACAUUUUCAUGGGCAACGAUUUCAAGCGGUCUUUCAAGAAUUCUGUGUUCUCCAAGAUGGAAAAUGCACUGGGAGAGGAGGGCCGCACCAUGAGCCGAUACCUCUCCAGGUCCAGCUCCGUGGACGGCAGAGCUUCUACACACAUCUAGAAGUCUCAAACUAUACGUAGAGUCAACUCUGUAAAUACACACAUAUUCUCAUGUUAAUGUUAAUGUGUUCCUUUGUAUACCUAUAGAAAUGUGCCACACCAUUAAUACCACCAUUAAUGUGUUGAAGAGUGUAAAUGUAAAAAGGGUUCUCUGUUCAUAUUUAGCUCAUACUGUUGCAGUAUGACUCAUUUCUCAGAGUGAAUGUGUUGUGGUUUCCCGUUGACAGUGUGGCUUUAAUAAUGAAUAAGUGACCAGGCUUGCUUGGUCUUGCAAAGAGGCUAGAAUCUAAUGCCUCACUAAACCUGCAUGUUUUGUUUAACAUAAUUUUAAGGUAAAUAAAAAUGAUUGUUUCUGAAAUAACUGUUGUAGAAAGGAUUACAGACAUAUUGCAGGGUGACGCAAAUAGAGAAAUAAAUUGUAAGGAAUAUAGUUGAUAAGACUUCUAGGCAUCUAAAGUGUGGACUGUGUUUGAAUUUAUGAUUCUUUUUUUAAGUCAAAGUGUCACUGAAUUUUGACUUUAAUUCUGUCUUUUCUAUUAUUUCUGUUAGCAAGCAAUGGCUGUUUUAUGUAACACAAUAACUUUUCAGGCAACAACUUUAAACACUGGCAUUAGCCUUAGCAAGUUAGCAUUUCCUAGCUUGAAUAGUCACAACAAUAGCCAUUCUUUAUGCUAGGAAGUAAAGUGCUAUUUAAUAUAUCACCUCUGUAAACUGGGGUCACAAGGUGCUACACAUGUCUGUCAACAGGAUGAAAAUAAAAUGACACACACAAAACAAAAGAGCGGUAUAUAAGAAAAAACGUAAAAAUAGCACCAAAUUUAAUAAACAGCAAGAAAACAAAAGGGUUCAGGGGUCUUAUUUAAACGUGCGCCCC